AUGAUUCAGCUAAUUACGACGCCUGCUAUACUUUUAGUUUCGACAGUUAUCCCACUUCAGUUCACCAUAGAGUACUUAAAUCUGAGCGGGAGUGGUCCCGAGCCCAAUUUCCUGGGCCUGUUGCUCCUGAAAUUCUGGUGCCUGCACGCGAUGACGCGGGCCAUUCCCAACCCCUUAGUGUAUAUAUUUCAGUCGCUGCCACUGUCAAACAUCGUGGAGCUGGGCGCAUGGCUGGUUGUGACCAGGGAGUUGGUGAGCCAGUUCAGCAAGCUCGAGGCCAGCAGGGGCCACAGGAUCGGCGGCAACGCAUCUCCUGCAAGCGGGGAAAAACCUGGGUGGAUUACUUAUUUCCAAUCGAUAUCGAACCCGCCCCCGACAGAUCGGUACGUAUUCGGGCAGUUCACGUUUCUGAGUAUUCGCACUAUGGAAAAAUGGCCUUUGGACUUGCAGAUAUUGGAUAGCAGCUUCCAUACCGUGAUGGCGUGGAUCGCGCAAAUUCGGUCUAAGAACCCAGCUAAAGCCCCGGAAUCAAGAGGCUGGAAUUGGAGCUACCAGUGGUUUGCUGGACAAACCACGCAAAGAGUAACGGCCGAUGAGGAUUACGAUCUUAUGGAGGAUGUAAUUGAGGACAUUAAGAAAUCGUAG